AUGCCUAGGCCUCAACGCGCCGCAGCUGCAAAAGCGAGAUCGAAACUAAUUGACUUUCCCGAGAGCUCGGAGGCCUCAUCAAGCGAUGAAGCCGCUAAAACUAAAGUUGUUGAACAUAAAUCAGUGGAAGUAAGGGAAACGAUUACUGCCAAAGAGAAGCUAAAUGCUUCCGCCACUGUGACGAAAGUGGGAAAAACAGUCAAAACAACAGUCAGAUUGAAGCCAAAGGCCGGUGUGAAGCGAAAAGCUGGCGAAGACAACGACAACGACAGUAACGGCGACAACGAAGGCCAAAAGUCAACCACCCAGAAGAAAGUUCGAGCUUCAACAAAGAAGAAUCCACCAACAAUGAUUCCUGCUGUGGCAAGAACUGUGGGCAUAAAGAUGCUUGUGGGCGCGCAUAAUGCUAUCACAAAUUGCAACAACAUUGGUGGAAACGCAUUCGCCUUAUUUCUCAAGUCACAGAGGAAAUGGGCGAGCCCCGACAUGAAAGAAUCUGACGCUGUGGCGUUCCGAGAGGCCUGUAAAGAGUCACGGUUCGAUCCGAAACGGCAUAUCCUCCCGCAUGGAUCCUAUCUGAUAAAUCUUGCUCAAAGCGAUCAAGAGAAAGCAAAACAAGCAUACGAUUGCUUUAUCGACGACCUGAAGAGAUGUGAAAGGCUCGGUAUUGGACUAUAUAAUUUCCACCCUGGAUCUACCCUUGGACUUCCGCGCUCCGAGGCACUGGCACGGAUCGCUGCCCACCUGAAUCGGGCACACAAAGAAACUAGAUUUGUGAAAACAGUGUUGGAAAAUAUGGCUGGCCAGGGAAAUAUUAUAGGUGCAAACUUUGAAGAUUUGCGAGACAUUAUAGCAGAUGUUAAGGAUAAGGAUAGAGUCGGCGUCUGCCUAGAUACAUGCCACUUAUUUGCAGCUGGACACGAUAUCCGAACCCAGGCUUCGUACGACACCGUGAUGGCUAACUUCGACCGAAUAGUGGGGCGAGAGUACCUUGUUGCUCUACAUCUCAAUGACUCCAAGGCUCCUCUAGGCUCAAGCCGGGAUCUGCAUCAGAAUAUCGGAGUUGGAUUUCUAGGGCUAGAGGCCUUCCGCGUCCUAAUGAAUGAUGAAAAACUAGAAGGGCUCCCUAUGGUCCUGGAAACCCCGAUGAAAGUCGAAAGUACCUGGGCAGAGGAAAUCAAACUACUGGAAUCACUAGUAGGAACCCCGGGAAAUGAUCCAAAUUUCUUGGUUAAAGCUGCCAAGCUGUCUGCGAAAGGGAAAGAGGAGAGAAAGGCAGCUGAAGCUGCAGAAAAGAAGAAAGCCAUCAAGAAGGCGCCAAAGCCUCGCAAGAAGGGAGGAAAGAAGCAGUCUGAGGAAAGUGGGGAGGAUGGUAACACGGAAGACGAGGCAGAGCAUACCUGUGAGCACUAG